AUGAGCGACGGCAUCACUGCAUCUCGGGCUGAAAUCAUGGAGACCGUCUACGAGCUCUCCCGCUUGCUCAAUACGGGUCUGGACCGCGACACGUUAGCGAUUCUCAUGGCACUUAUUCAAAAAGGUGUAAACCCCGAGGCAUUGGCUACAGUUGUAAAAGACCUUCGGAAAGAAGCAGCAGCAGCAGCAAAACAACAACAACAACAGAUGGAAACUCCACGUGAACGGACGACUUUUACUGGUAGCAAACAGCCUUUGUCGACCCAGGAAUUCCAGGUCAGUCAGAAGAAACGCCGUUCAGAUUACUAG